AAAAGCUCAGCCAGGAACCGAUCAGAACUGUGAAGGUCUUUGACUCCCCGUAGCUCCAGCACUUCUGUUCUUGUUUUUUGUUUUGUUUUCUGCGUAAACCUCUGGCCCACUCUCAAAAGGCAAGAUGUCCAGUCAUGUCCCGGCGGAUAUGAUUAAUUUGCGCCUCAUCUUGGUGAGUGGAAAGACGAAGGAGUUCCUCUUCUCCCCAAACGACUCUGCCUCCGACAUUGCAAAGCAUGUAUAUGACAACUGGCCCAUGGACUGGGAAGAAGAACAAGUGAGCAGCCCAAACAUCCUGCGACUCAUUUAUCAAGGCAGAUUUCUACAUGGAAACGUCACGUUAGGAGCAUUAAAACUUCCUUUUGGCAAAACAACAGUGAUGCAUUUGGUGGCCAGAGAGACCCUGCCAGAGCCCAACUCACAAGGUCAGAGGAAUCGGGAGAAGACUGGUGAGAGCAACUGCUGCGUGAUCCUGUGACGUGUCGCCAGCAUGUGCUGCAGUCUGUUGAUGCUGCUGGGGCAGAGGAGGUUCAACAGCGUCCCACACCUGUAGGACAGUCACCUGCACAUCAUGGGGCUGAAUUACUCGGGAACUCUGUCAUCUGUUCUUAUAAAGUAAAAAGAACCAAGAACA